UCGGCCCGCCCCUCCUUCCUGGAGCCUCCGCUGAAGCCGAGCCGGCGCGGUGGCCGGGAGGGGGGCGGCUAGUGGCCGGAGCGACACGCGCCCGCCGCGACCCUAUGCAGUGACUCGUGCGGCGCAGGCGCCUCCUGCCCCGCCGGCGGGGCCCGGGAUCCCCGCGGCGGGAUGUUCUCCCGAAGGAGCCACGGGGAUGUGAAGAAGUCCACGCAGAAGGUGCUGGACCCCAAGAAGGACGUGCUGACCCGCCUGAAGCACCUGCGGGCGCUGCUGGAUAAUGUGGAUGCAAGCGAUCUGAAGCAGUUUUUUGAGACCAACUAUUCUCAGAUAUAUUUCAUCUUCUAUGAAAAUUUUAUAACACUGGAAAAUAGUUUGAAGUUAAAAGGGAAUAAUAAGUCACAAAGGGAGGAGCUGGACUCCAUCCUCUUUCUUUUUGAAAAAAUACUGCAGUUUCUACCUGAACGAAUUUUCUUUCGAUGGCAUUACCAGAGUAUAGGUUCAACUUUAAAAAAGCUUCUACACACUGGAAAUUCUAUUAAGAUAAGAUGUGAAGGAAUCAGACUGUUUCUUUUGUGGCUUCAAGCACUUCAGACAAACUGUGCGGAAGAGCAGGUGCUGAUUUUCGCUUGCCUGGUGCCUGGUUUCCCAGCGGUCCUGUCAUCCAGGGGGCCCUGUACACUGGAGACACUCAUCAACCCUAGCCCUAGUGUAGUUGAUGCAAAAAUAUACCCAGAAGAAAUCACCCCACUUCUGCCAGCCAUGUCAGGGGAGAAGAUCGCUGAGGACCAAACAUGCUUUUUUCUUCAAAUACUGUUGAAAUAUAUGGUUAUUCAGGCUGCAAGCUUGGAGUGGAAGAAUAAGGAGAAUCAAGAUACUGGUUUUAAAUUUCUUUUUACAUUGUUUCGAAAGUAUUAUCUUCCUCAUUUGUUUCCAUCAUUUACUAAGUUAACCAACAUCUACAAACCUGUGCUUGAAAUCCCUCAUUUGAGACCAAAGCCUGUAUAUGUUACUGUAACUCGAGAUAAUGAAACAAUUUACAGUACAAAAAUUCCAUACAUGGCAGCUCGUGUUGUUUUCAUUAAAUGGAUUGUAACUUUCUUUUUGGAAAAAAAAUAUCUAACUGCAACACAAAACACUAAAAAUGGAGUUGAUGUAUUACCUAAAAUCAUCCAGACCGUUGGUGGUGGUGCAGCACAAGAAAAGGCGCCAGAGCUGGAUGGUGCUGGGUCCACAGAGCAGGACAAAAGCCAUUCUAACAGUAGCACCUUGUCUGACCGAAGACUCAGCAGCUCCAGUCUUUGUAGCAUUGAAGAAGAGCAUCGAACAGUGUAUGAAAUGGUGCAGCGGAUCCUCCUGUCCACACGGGGUUAUGUGAAUUUUGUGAAUGAAGUAUUUCGACAGGCAUUUUUGUUGCCUUCCUGUGAGAUAUCUGUAACGAGAAAAGUAGUUCAAGUAUACAGGAAGUGGAUCCUCCAGCACCAACCUGUGUUCAUGGAGGAGCCAGAUAAAAAGGAUGUUGCCCAGGAAGAUGCUGACAAAUUAAGACUUUCAGAGACUGACUCCAAGGAGGCCUCGUCUGAAAGCUCUGGUCAUAAACGGUCAUCCAGCUGGGGGCGCACAUAUUCCUUCACAAGUGCCAUGAGCAGAGGGUGUGUGACAGAGGAGGACAACACGAAUGUGAAAGCUGGGGCCCAAGCUAUGCUGCAGGUCUUCCUUACAAAUGCUGCGAAUGUCUUUUUGCUGGAACCGUGUGCUGAAGUUCCCAUGCUCCUGAGGGAACAGGUAGAUGCCUGUAAAGCUGUUCUGAUUAUUUUUCGGCGCAUGAUAAUGGAACUUACAAUGAAUCAAAAGACAUGGGAGCAGAUGUUGCAAAUCCUUCUCAGGAUAACAGAAGCUGUCAUGCAGAAGCCAAAGGAUAAGCAUGUAAAGGACUUGUUUGCCCAGAGCUUGGCAGGGUUGCUCUUCAGGACGCUUAUCGUGGCUUGGAUCCGAGCAAACCUCUGUGUGUACAUUUCUCGGGAGCUUUGGGAUGACUUUCUAGGUGUGCUGUCAUCCCUCACAGAGUGGGAGGAACUCAUUACCGAGUGGUCCAACAUCAUGGACUCCUUGACAGCUGUGCUCGCAAGAACUGUGUAUGGAGUUGAGAUGACAAACCUACCUCUAGAUAAAUUAAGUGAGCAAAAGGAGAAGAAGCAACGUGGCAAAGGUUGUAUUCCAGAUUCCCAAAAAGGGACUGCUGUGGGUAGAUCCUUUUCCCUCAGCUGGCGUAGCCAUCCAGAUGUGACUGAGCCAAUGAGAUUCCGAAGUGCUACCACAUCUGGAGCACCAGGAGUUGAGAAGGCAAGAAAUAUUGUUCGCCAAAAAGCAACUGCUAAGCGAAGCCAGUCUAUCAGCAACUGUGUCCACCUCUCUGAGGCUUUGCCUGCCACUAAAAGCGUCCCGCUCCUCCUCCAUACCGUGAGCGCUCUCUUCCCUGGUCUCUCUUACUCUUCUUGCUCUCACAGGCUGUCAGAAGUGGAGGAAUUCCAGCAGGCAGAAAGUACACCUGCAGCUGACACUGAUUAUCUUGUGGUGGGACAGCAGCAGGUCCCCCGGAGCAGCAGCACCUCUGACAUCACUGAGCCUUUGUGCUCAGAUUCUUCUCAAGGUCAAAAUUCACCAAAUUUGAGCUCUUCAGAUUUCAAGUCUGUUCAAGAGAGUAAAGGACACGUGAAGCGGGAACAUGAAGGAAUAACAAUCUUGGUUCGAAGGAGCAGCAGUCCUGCUGAGCUGGAUCUAAAGGAUGAUUUACAGCAGACACAAGGAAGAUGCAGGGAGAGACAGAAGAGUGACAGCACUGGUAGUGACACAGCUGUGGGCUCCAGCAAUGAGGCAGAGCUGCCCAUGAGCCCGUGGCAGACCUGUGACGAGGACCCAGAACUCAGCACUCCCACAGAUGCUGUGCCUGACUCUGAUGCCCGCCACUGGUUACAACUGAGUCCUACUGAUGCUUCAAACUUAACAGACAGCAGAGAGUGCCUUGCAGAUGAUUGUAGUAUAAUUGCUGGAGGGAACCUCACUGGUUGGCACCCAGACUCCGCUGCUGUGUUAUGGCGAAGAGUCUUGGGAAUCCUUGGGGAUGUGAAUAAUAUCCAGUCACCGAAGAUCCAUGCUAGAGUUUUUGGCUAUCUCUAUGAACUGUGGUACAAACUGGCCAAGAUACGAGAUAAUCUAGCAAUAAGCCUGGAUAACCAGUCGUCUCCAUCUCCUCCACUCUUGAUCCCACCACUCAGAAUGUUUGCAUCAUGGCUAUUCAAGGCUACAACUCUGCCAAAUGAAUAUAAGGAAGGCAAACUGCAAGCCUACAAACUGAUCUGCGCCAUGAUGACCAGACGCCAGGAUGUUCUGCCAAACUCAGAUUUCCUGGUGCAUUUCUACCUUGUGAUGCACCUGGGAUUAACCAGCGAGGACCAGGAUGUCUUAAACACUAUUAUAAGAAACUGCUCACCCCGCUUUUUCUCCCUGGGUUUGCCUGGUUUCUCAAUGCUGGUGGGGGAUUUUAUCACUGCUGCUGCCAGGGUCCUCAGUACAGACAUGUUGGCGGUGCCCCGUUCAGAAGCUCUCACACUCCUUGGUUCCCUCGUCUGCUUCCCAAAUACCUACCGGGAGAUCCCUCUGCUGCAGUCAGUGCCAGAAGUGAGUGAGGUCAUCCCAGGAACUGAAGAUGUCAAGCAUUACCUCAUAAAUAUUUUACUGAAGAAUGCUACCGAGGAACCAAAUGAAUGUGCAAGAUGCAUCGCCAUUUGCUCCCUCGGGGUCUGGAUCUGUGAAGAGCUUACACAGUGUGCCAACCAUCCUCAGGUGAAGGAUGCCAUCAAUGUGAUAGGUGUGACGUUGAAGUUUCCUAACAAGAUCGUGGCUCAGGUAGCCUGUGAUGUUCUUCAGCUGCUGGUUUCCUACUGGGAAAAGCUUCAGAUGUAUGAAACUGCUCUACCGCGAAAAAUGGCCGAAAUACUCGUGGCCACAAUUGCAUUUCUUUUACCAAGUGCAGAGUACUCCUCAGUGGAAACAGACAAAAAGUUUAUUGUGUCCUUGCUCCUCUGCCUCUUGGACUGGUGCAUGGCUCUGCCUCUGAAUGCCCUUCUCCACCCGGUGUCCACGGUGGUCCUGGAGGAGCUGCACCCACCCCGGGCUCCAUUGCUGGAUUAUAUCUACAGGGUUCUGCACUGCUGCGUCUGUGGCUCAAGUACAUACACACAGCAAAGUCACUACACCCUGACCUUGGCUGACUUGUCAUCCACCGAUUAUGACCCCUUCCUACCUCUGGCAAAUGUGAGGAACUCCGAGCCAGUCCAGUACCAUUCAUCAGCAGACCUGGGGAACCUGCUGACUGUGGAAGAGGAGAAGAAGAGGAGAAGUGUGGAACUGAUCCCCCUCACUGCACGAAUGGUGAUGGGCCACCUGGUGAACCACCUGGGCCACUACCCACUGAGUGGGGGCCCCGCCGUGCUGCACAGCCUGGUCAGUGAGAACCAUGACAACGCCCACGCGGAAGGUGCUGAGCUGUCCUCGGAGGUGUUCAGGAGCCCAAACCUGCAGCUCUUCGUAUUUAAUGAUAGCACCCUCAUCUCCUACCUGCAGACACCUGCAGGAGGACCAGAUGGAGGGACUUCAGGGGCUUCCCUCUCAGAUGUGAGAGUCAUUGUAAGGGAUAUCUCAGGGAAGUACUCUUGGGAUGGCAAGGUUUUAUAUGGACCUCUGGAAGGCCACUUGGCACCCAGUGGAAAGAAUCCCUCAUUUCAGAUUUCUGGCUGGCAUCAACACACAUGCGGACCUCAGAAAGAUUUGUCUCACAGUGAGGAAGGAGAUGAUGCGCUUGACAAACUACUUGAAAACAUUGGCCAUUCAAGCCCAGAAUGCCUUUUACCAUCACAACUAAAUCUAAAUGAGCCUUCCCCACCCCCAUGUGGUAUGAACUGUGACCAAGAGAAGGAGAUCAUUGAGGUCAUCCUGCGCCAGAACAUACAGGAAGAUGAGUAUCUUCAGAGGUGUAACUCUAAUUCUGCAGUGAAGGUCACCAGCCAAGGGCAGCCCUCACCGGUGGAGCCCCGAGGACCCUUUUAUUUCUGCAGGUUGUUGCUUGAUGACCUGGGAAUGAAUUCCUGGGACAGAAGGAAGAAUUUUCAUUUGUUGAAGAAAAAUUCAAAAUUAUUGAGAGAGCUAAAGAAUCUGGACUCACGGCAGUGCCGUGAGACACACAAGAUAGCAGUGUUUUACAUUGCUGAAGGGCAAGAAGAUAAGUGUUCCAUCUUAGCCAAUGAAAGAGGAAGCCAAGCAUAUGAAGACUUUGUUGCUGGUCUUGGAUGGGAGGUGGAUCUCUCAACCCACUGUGGGUUCAUGGGUGGUCUUCAGCGCAAUGGCAGCACAGGACAGACGGCCCCUUACUAUGCUACCUCGACUGUGGAAGUCAUUUUCCACGUUUCCACUCGGAUGCCAUCAGAUUCAGAUGAUUCACUCACCAAAAAGCUCCGUCACCUGGGGAAUGAUGAGGUCCACAUCGUCUGGUCUGAACACUCCAGGGACUACCGCAGGGGUAUUAUCCCAACAGCCUUUGGAGACGUUUCGAUCAUUAUUUACCCAAUGAAGAAUCAUAUGUUCUUUAUCACGAUAACAAAGAAACCUGAGGUUCCAUUCUUUGGGCCUCUGUUCGAUGGAGCCAUCGUGAGUAGGAAGCUGCUGCCAAGCCUUAUCUGUGCCACGUGCAUCAAUGCCAGCAGAGCGGUGAAGUGCCUCAUCCCACUCUAUCAGAGCUUCUACGAAGAGCGAGCUCUGUAUCUGGAAGCAAUAAUUCAGAACCACCGGGAAGUCAUGACAUUUGAGGAUUUCGCAGCUCAAGUCUUUUCUCCCUCUCCCAGCUACUCUCUCAGUGGAACGGAUUAAAGUACAUAACGGUCUCAUUAUGACACUUGAGCAAGGGCUCUUGACCUCCAGCCUGAGUAUGGAUCCCAAGAAAAUCCUCCAUGUAGAAGAGACAGGCAAGACUCUCCUGCUCUCCCCAGAACCCUCAAAUCCAGACUCCAGGAAACUGCCACUGUGCCAGCAAGCCUUCCCAUUGCUUGGCCCCCGAGGUCGGAUGUGAUCUAGUUUGUAUGGAACUUUCAAACAAGACUGUGUUCCUCUUGUCCUGGAACCUCAUAAACCUUGGGCUUCAGAAGAAGAAAAGAAGUUGCUGUCAACCAGGAACAAGCCUACGAUCAUGUGGGCAAUGGAGUUGUCUGGAGCUUCCAGGAAGAACAACACAGUUGUGAAAGGUUCGGGCGGGAUCCGUGGAGCAGGGGCAGAGGGCACUUGUCUGUAUCCCCGAGUUGUUUUCUUGUCAUUAUAUACCCAAGCUUGCUUCCCAAAGGGGCUGACAAAACAAUUGUGUAAUUGUUGGAA